AUGCGGUCCAGUAUCGCCUGCGCGCGCUGCCGCCGAAGUAAAAUCAAGUGCGUCAAUUCUGGCGUCGACACCACCUGUCGCGCUUGCGAAUCCUCCGGUCGAGAAUGUGUUUACCCUACGCCUGCCAUUGGCGUUGGCGCUGCCGCCAAACGAGAUAUCGCAGCCCUGGCCGACGGGGAAGAUCGCAAUGGUGAUUGGGAUAGUCCGAAGCGACAGCGCUCUCGCAAAACUGUCGGCCUUUCUUCCGCUGCCAGGGAUGCUUCCAAGGCGUCCCUCGAUGCCCUCGAUUCAUCUGUCCUAACCAUAAAGGUAUGGGAGGCAGUAUUCGACCUGUUCCAGGCGCACUAUGCGACAAUUCUUCCCUUCCUCCAUCCCGCCUCCUUCAUGGGCCAGAUUAGGCAGCUGUCUGGCAACAACCAAACCUCACCUCCAACAUCUAACAAUGCCUCCUCCACCACCAUCCCCAGUUCCCAAGAGCCCCCUCGGGAUCAGGCUCCGAACCCUCCAUCAACACCGCCCAACCCACUCAUUCCUCUAGGGGUUCUUGCCCUCACUGCUCGUUUCCACCCUCAGCUCGCCGCAUACCAUUCUCCCUCUUCUCCGGGAAACCCACCAAAUCCCCUCGUUGCCUCGGAAUUCUACGCGACGGCACUGCGCAGCCGGCUCGCCGGCGUGGAUGGCGCCAGUCUUGCCGUUCCCGACCUCACGCGCGUGCAAGCGUUGCUUAUGCUCGCCCUGCAUGAAUGGGGCAUGUGCCGUGGCAAGAGCGCGUGGCUGUAUGUUGGAAUGGCCAUCCGCAUGUCUCAGGCUAUGGGACUCCCGUUCGAGUUGGAGAAUGAUGUAUUCUCUCGGGAUGCACCUCGAGACCCAGCUCUAAAGACAGAAGCAGACAUGUUUGGCAUAACGCCGCGCCCAGAACAAAAGGAACAAAAUCAAUCGGACGAGGUGAUCGCGCAGGAAACGAAGCGUCGUACUUUCUGGGCGUGCUUCAUUCUUGACCGCACCCUAAGCAGUGGAAAAUACCGCCCCCGAAUGAUCAGAGUCAAGGAACUGGACAUCCAAUUGCCUAGUGAAAACGCCUUUGCGUUCGGAGAGCGGGUGCGCACUUCUCGCUUGACCGACCCCGUCGGUCGACGUCCGCAAAGCUUCAGCUCAACCUCCCAGGGGGUCCAGCAAAUUCCCGGCCUCCGUCAUAGUAUUGGCGGGUAUAGCGAGGGGAAAAUGCCCCAAAAUGGCGCCGAUAACCAUCCAUGGUCGCCGGUCUCAGGACGGAAAGACUCCACCGAAGAGGAAAUUGACCGGUGGGAAAUUGGCGCUGAAGAGUCAGUUUUGAGUCGAGCCGUUCGUAUCACCCGAGUGUGGGGAAGCAUUGCCAAGUGGUCCUGUGCUGGAGGACGACGAAACGAACAAUUUCCCCCAUGGCAUCCUGACUCGCGCUUCCACCGGCUUCGAACAUCACUAGCAGAAUUCCGUGAUGCAUUGUCCCGUAAUCUGCAAUACUCUCCUCGCAACACUGAUACCCAUAUCAUGUACAAGAACAACCUCCUCCACCCAUAUACCUUUAUCCAUCUGGUCUAUUUCCUCUCGGUCAUUGUUCUUCACCGCGCCUAUAUUCCUUUCCUUCCUGUACGCUGCGCAGAGCCCGUCGGGCCCCUUGAUGAACCGGUGGACAAGACUGGAAUGCCGGAAGGCUUCUGGCGUGACAGUGCCCGCGAACUUUUUGCUGCCGCUCGACAAUUGAUGGACCUGGCAGUGACGUGCCAGGAACGUGGUGUGCUUGUUGAGAAUCCGCUCGUCGGAUUUGCUAUCUACAAUGCCGCAUUCGUAGGCGUUUACGCCACCCAUUUCCCGCAGAUGGACCUUGACGGCGCCCUCGCCCCUGUACAGAGGGGCGACCCACAAGGCCAACUUCAGUCGCGCAGGGCUCUGGGCGUUCUCCGCGAGAUGCGGCCACGCCUUAAGAUGGCAGCGGGCUGGUUCCGAACCCUGAACCGCCUACAUAGUUACUUCUCAAAGGUCAAGCGUGACUUCCGCCGAAACUCGCGUAGGGGAGAUAUGUUACCUCCGGAUGCGAUUGACCCGCACAACGUCAAUGGGAUCCGCCCCGUGCGUGAAGGUGGAUCUGGUGGAGGAUUGGAGGAAUUCAAGCUGUUGGAGAAGCUGUUCCUGGAGUUUGGCAGCCUCGAUGACCAACUUACCGACGGCCCGAGCAACGAAGAGGAUGGCGAUCGAGCGACGAACGUCAGUGACACCGGUAGCAACCACAUCCGCAGUGACCCUGGUGAUCUUGGCGAGGGCCCGCUGGAUGGAGCAGGCGGACGUCGCGAGUCAUGGGUUACCGUUAACAGCCCGGGUCUGCCUCUCCCUAGCCUAGAUGCCAAUGGCGAACGCCGACCCAGUCUCCCACUCCCCCCAAGCCGAUCUCUACAACCGCAGUCACCUUUCUCCCUCCCAUCACUUCAGCAUCACCCAGACGGCUCGCAAUACAACCGCUCUUCUCCAACGCUCCCUUCCCUAGCACCUUCAGGUGCAUACGGCGGGCUUCCAAACACUUCAACCCCUGCCUCAUCCGCACGCCUACAACCAAUAAACUCGUGGCUGAACUCUCGGUCACAACCGCCUCCAGCAUCAUACUCGCAAUCCCUACCCCCGAUCAGUGCCGCUGCUCCCACACACGGCCUGCCGCUGCUGCCACCCCCAGGGUCCAUCGGACACCCCGGCGCAUCUCCGCCAGCAACACUAGAUGGCCUCGAAACUUUCAAUAGUCUCUGGUCUACUAGCCUCGGCGGCGACGACGUCCUCGCCUUCCUCGAGGGUAGCGAAUGCACGCAAUCUCCCAGCGCGGCGUCCGAAGUCGGCGUCCCAGCUGGCUGGCUAAGCACAGUGUGGACGGAGUUUGCGCGGUAA